GUUUUUUUUCCUAUCCCCACUUGGUAGUCUGCACGCCUCAAGGGGAGACCAUUUGUCGUUCCGAGUUUCUGAGUUUUCGAGUUUCUUUAGUGCAGCAGUUUCGUCAGUCGGUUGAAAACAUUUACAAGCUCGUCAAGUAGCUAUCCCCUGUGAUACAAAACUAAAUAUUCAAUCAAACAACAAGAAACUUUAUUGUUUAUACAACAAGUUCUUCCCCCCCCCCUCUCAAAAAAGCUUCUGUCAGAUUUUGAUUUGGUUAUAAAAGCUCUGUGUGUUGGCUGUGUGUGUGUUUAUUAUUCAUCAGCAUCUCUUCGGGAUCAGUACGUGUCAGCCUGUUGCCCGACGAGUCUUUGACUGCACUCUUUGUUCAUCGUGAUUUCAUUAUCUCUGGGAGUCUGCCAAGAAUCAGAAAAUGAGGGAGUUUAAAGUUGUUGUCUUGGGAUCUGGGGGUGUGGGUAAAAGUGCCCUCACUGUCCAAUUUGUGACAGGCUGCUUCAUGGAGAAGUACGACCCAACCAUUGAGGAUUUCUACCGCAAAGAGAUUGAGGUUGACGGUUCACCUUCUGUACUGGAGAUUCUCGACACUGCUGGAACCGAGCAGUUUGCUUCCAUGAGAGAUCUCUACAUCAGGAACGGGCAGGGGUUUGUUAUUGUCUACUCGAUAACUAAUCACCAAACCUUUCAAGACAUCAAGACCAUGCGUGAACAAAUUACCCGUGUCAAGGGCACAGACCGUGUGCCAUUGUUGCUGGUUGGGAACAAAGUUGACCUGGAGCAUCAGCGAGAAGUAGCCACCAUGGAGGGCCUGGCUCUGGCCCAGGCUUGGAAUUGCCCUUUCAUUGAAGCUUCUGCCAGGAACAAGAUGAACGUCAACGAAGUUUUUGCCGAAAUCGUUCGCGAAAUGAACUGCAAUCCAGCCAAAGAAAAGCGUCCCUAUUGCUGUUGCAAUCUUCUCUGAGAAACAUCUUAGAGAAGAGUCUGAUACGUCCCCGGCGAAACAACUUCAUAUAUUCUUCCAUCAUCGUGUGCUCCCUUCAUCUUAGCUGCGUUUCAUCAUUUGUGGCGUGUGUGUGUGUGUGUGUGCGUGAAUGCCUGUUGGAACUAUGUGACGGGGGGCGCGGCCCCUUCAACGAACAAAAAUUGGGGGAAAGAAGAAGAAGAAAAAAAAAAAUGUGUGUGCUCGGCCAGAGAGAAAAACCGACGAGUUAGAACUUAUCAUCAUCAUCACGGGGGCCCCCGUGUGUGUGUCACGUUGAAGAAAUGGCAUUUCAUAUCAAAAAAAGAGUCUAGUAGAAAAAUAUUCAUCCGUGACCGGGCUGUCCGUUUUGCUGUGUACAUUCAGUUUUUUCCUUCUUCUUCUUUUUGUUUAUUUGUUUCCUUUUUUAAAUAUUAUUCGUCACUUCCUCGAACGUGGAGGGGCUUCAUGUCUGGAUCUGUUGGUUUCCGAUAUAUCGGCUGAUUUUUGCGCGCGGUCCGGCAUGCGAACCUUUUUUUCUUUUUCGUCCUACUCUUCAAACAGUCGAGACUCAAGUGCCAACGAUGUGUAUGCUAGUGGACCAGAAACUUCCUCCUCUCCCAGACUUUUCCUUGGAAAAAAAAACAAACAACAACAAAAUGGAUUCUUUGUUCUUUUUUAAAAUCUCCCUUUUAUUGUCCGUUUCCAAUUUGCAGUUUACAUUUCAUCAAGACCCCCGGAUUGCGUGAAUUCAUAUUAUAUAAGUCAUUUUUUAUUUGGAUGCAAUCCGAUUCAAGGGAAAGCAAAAAGAAACACCCCCCAAGUCUUGCCCUGUCACGCUCAUCUAUUUUCCUUCUUUUCAUUCUUCUCUCCUCCCCCACUCAUUAUCAGCAAAUUUGUUUACACACAUCUUCGAAAUGUCUUAGAGCCGAUGACGUGCUGUCCUUUUUUUUUUCCUCCUCCUGUUCGCAAUGCCAGGUCUUAUAUGAUCAUGUGAUAACCCCUUUUUGGUGUAUGUGUGAACGUAUUUUUUCCAACUCGUUUCGUCAUCAUGUACGACCUGCUGUCCUCUUCCCCCCAUUUAAAACAAAAUUGAAGAUUUUUCUUAUCAUUGCAAGAGACCACGACGAAAAAUUGUUUCAUGAUUGGUUAGAGAGAGAGAUGGAAAAGAGAGAGAGAGCAUCAAAAUAUCUUUUCUCUCACUUUUCUUUUCUCUCUUAUACCAAUUUCUUUAUUAUUAUUAUUAUUAUUAUAAAUUUUUUCUGGUUUCUCGUGAUUGCGAUUGCGUGUGUGUGUGUGUUGGCAAAGACUUUCUAUCGGAAAAAAACAAACUCCCGGGCGAAAUUCUGGCAGAUUGAUGGAAAGAAAAAAAAAAAUAAGAAUAAUAAUAAUUAAAAAAAAACACAACAAAAAAAUACGAUUAAAAACGCAUAGCAUAGCAAAAGACAGAGCAAAAAAGGAAAAAAAAAAUUAAGAAUUUUCAUAUUUCGGUCGGAAAAAAACAGAUGCCUUCAUUUAUAUAACACCCUUGAAAAAAAAAAUACCAAACUUAUGCCCUUUUUCUCCUGUGUACUACUGUAGUUCUCCUCCUUCAAUCAGUUUCCCAUCUGAUUUUUUUAAAUAUAUGAAACGAGUGAAAUAGACAGCAAACAAAUAAUAAUAAUUUACAAUACUCUUGUCAGAGUUGGUAAUUUUUCAUAUCCAUUCGCAAAUACACUAUCGAGUAUUUUUCCUUGUA